AUGGCAUUUUUCAACACAUCGUGGCAAUCUCCCGUGACUAGUGGUGAAAGCGACGUUUUGGAUACGUUUCUUGACACUCUUACAGAUUUCGAUACAAGCUACACUGAUGUGCCCAGGGCCCCUGACAGUGAAAUCGAAGGGGAUUAUGGCGACAGCACAAAGAAAACCGCCAAAACAAAUGACACUAAGGUUCUGACCAUCAUGGCCAGCAUAGGUACCAUUCUUAGCCAUCUAGAAACCGAACGCAAGAAGGGAAACACCCGCCCGAGUGUGGCAAUCAAACUCAAGGAUGUGGACAAGCAGAAAAGCAUAACAUUUUCCAUCCCUGUAUUACACAGCCCGACCACCACGGCUGCGUCAAGCAUGAGUAGUCGCUCUCCGUCACCGGAAACUUUUCCAGGGGAGGAGGUUUACGGCGCUCAUAACGACAUCGUAACUCCACCAGAAGACGCUGUCCCUCACAAACUAGUCCCUGACCCUACCGUUAUGACACACCCUUCAGCCGUACCCGAUGGGUAUUUAUGGUCACUGCCCGAAGAUGCAUCGUCGAGCACAUUUCCGGUCCUGGCGACAGCCUAUCCGGAGCAAGCAAUCGCCUCACCACCAGAAUCAUUGACUCCCAGUGCAACUAAAGCGGACUCAUCUGUCUUCUUAAAUGAGAACACAGGAUCUGUCAUCGUCCGGCAUAGAGGGGGGACUUCUUUGGCACAUCCGGAUGCACUUUGGGGAGAAAUAGGCCAAGACAUGUCACCACGCAUGACUAUAUUGACGGUAGAUCACCCUCAAGCAGCUUCCAAACUUUCUCAAAUUUCGCGAGAUUCCGUUGCGGCGUCAUCUAAGAAAAGGAGCAACAAUGAUGCUUUUGGAAAGUCUGACCAGGGAAAGAGAACAGAUCGAAAGCCCAUCUCUUCAGAAAGCCCAUCUGGCGGUAUUGUUAAACAGCCUCGGCUUGAAACACCAGAACUUGCAACAUUGCUUCACAAUACUGACGAGGCUGAAAGGGUAAAGGAAAUGACCGCCGGCCAAGACCCAACACUCGUGUACAAAAUGGUGCGAAAUGCGAGGGCAAUCCUCCCACAAUCAUCCACGGAAACCCCCAUGUUCUCGACUGCAAUUAACAAUGACACUGUGAUUCCAUAUAACGCUAGUCGACAUUCUUACUCCCUGCAAGAAGAUGUCAUGAGGCAAUUUUGCAACACUGUCAGACAAAUAGAAUGGGCGGAAACGCUCACCUUUCAAUCCAUGGUGCAAUAUAGGGUUCUCUUCGUCCAAUUAUACCAACAGUAUCUAUCAUUUCAGAAAAUACUGGAUACGAACAAGGGAGAGAGGAGGGUAACAGCCGCUAAAGAACGACUCUAUAAAAUGCUGUAUCCUGAUAAAGCGAAGAAGUCGAAGAACGGAAGCAUGAGUGCCGAAUGGGAAAAACUUAAUCGGUGUAUCCGAAGAGGGAAGCAGUGGUAUACUGUCGCUUCUCAGCUGGGGAUAGGCAUUCUACAUAGGAUGCCUUCUAGUAUCCGUCAUACAUGGGUAGAACAGAAGCUCCAAACGAAGACGCAGCUCUACCUAUGGAUUGGAAUAAUCAAGCUUCUUGCAUAA